AGGGGUAAGGCGAACUUAUUAAAAAUUCACCAACAACGAGAAUAAAAACCGAUAUCAAUUCGUCCCUACCACUUAGUCUCCUCCUGAGGAUGUCAUAGUUCAUCCAUAAUUUCCCCGUUGACAGUGCGUUUCGUUAAUUGCAUUCUAAUACAUUGAUGAACUUGGUGCAUUUUAGACACGUUCCGUUGUUACUGAAUAAAGUCAAAGCGGGGAAAAUCAAAAUGAAGAUGCGGUUUCCGGUCAAACUGGCCAUUGGGUCGUUUUGCGCGUUUCUUUUUAUCGUUAUCGUGGGUUUCGUGAUGUUCCCUAGAAUGAUUACUUCUAAAGUUAAGCAGAUGGUUAAUCUCGCACCCGGCAUGGAAAUCAGAGGCAUGUUCCUUAAAGUGCCCUUCGGAUUAUCGUUCAAAGUGUACAUUUUCAACGUAACCAACCCCAUGGAAAUUCAGGAAGGUGCUAUACCUGAAGUAAAGGAAGUAGGACCUUUCUGCUUCCUCGAAUGGAAAGAAAAAGUGGAAGUCACCGACGAUGAAGACAACGAUAUCAUUUCUUAUCUAUCCAAAGAUACAUUCACGAGAACAGACGGGCCCGGAUGCGUCUCCGGUCAAACAGUAGUCACAAUUCCCCAUCCAAUGAUACUGGGAAUCGUUAAUGCCGUACAAAGGGCCAAACCAGGAGCCCUGUCCUUGAUCAACAAGGCUAUUAAAUCGAUUUACGACAAUCCCACUUCCAUAUUUCUAACUGCCAAAGUGGACGACAUCCUCUUCGAUGGCGUGAAUAUUAAUUGCGGAGUGACGGACUUCGCCGGGAAAGCUAUUUGCACGCAAUUGAGAAACUCCGGUACUUUGAGAGAGGUCGACGAUAAAAUACUGGCGUUUUCAUUGAUGGCACCGAAAAACGGUACCGUACAGAAGAGAAUCAAAGCCCUUCGAGGAACCAGAAACUACCACGAUGUGGGUAGAAUUGUGGAACACGAUGGCCAAACUAAAAUGUCCGUAUGGCCCACUGAAGAAUGUAAUAAAAUAACCGGAACUGAUGGUACUAUUUUCCCUCCGAUGCUCACUACAGAAGAAGGUUUGGUCUCGUUUGCUCCGGAUCUUUGCAGGUCGUUGGCUGCGUUUUGGGUAAAGAAAACCAAGUACGAUGGUAUUCCUGUCAACGAAUACAGCGCUUCAUUGGGAGACAUGUCUAAAAACGAGCACGAGAAAUGCUAUUGCUACACGCCGGAUACUUGCCUGAAGAAAGGUUUGAUGGAUUUGUACAAAUGCAUCGGGGUGCCGAUAUACGCUUCGAUGCCUCAUUUCUACGAUUCCGACGAAUCAUAUCUAAAAGGCGUCAAAGGUUUGAAGCCUAUUAAAAAGGAACACGAAAUUACUAUUUUAUUCGAACAAUUAACAGGUGGGCCAGUUUCUGCUAAAAAACGUCUACAAUUCAGCAUGCCUUUAGAACCGAUACAGAAAGUAGACAUCUUCAAGAAUUUCACAUCGACAGUCCUUCCUAUGUUUUGGGUCGAAGAGGGCGUGGAUUUGAACAACACAUUCACCAAGCCGCUCAAGACGCUCUACACCAUGAAAAAGGUGGUGGCGAUUUCUAAAUGGGUGAUUCUACUGGCGUCCCUGGGAGGCAUGGGAGCGUCCGCUUACCUUUUUUUCAACAGCAAAAAUAAAGUAAUCAUCACCAAAGUGAAGGAUCAGGCGAAUAAAGUGGGAAGCGGAAUAUCGACUGUGAACGGGCACGUUAAUAGAGCGAUGUCUGACAAUGAAGUGAAUAAGUUUUAGGAAGUUUCUUUUGUAUAUUUUUACUGCGUAUUUAUGAGAAUAAUUAGCUAAGAAUAUCGUCGCUAAUUUUACUAGAUUUGGAUAUUUAUUUACAAUGACGAGAAGUGAUGAUCUAAAAACUAUUGCACGUGCACAUAAAAAUAUUUUUGUAAAUGUUGAUUGGUUUUAUAAAACUUUUGAAACUCAAUUUAUUUUUAAUUGGUUGUAAACAUUUUUACAGUAAUUCACCAAUCGAGACUUUCAAGUUUUUUGAAACCUGAUAUUUUUGUGAAAUUGUUAAGAUUUUAAAAGUUUACGAAAGCAUAAUAUUAAUGUAGAUACCACUAUUCUUGAUGUGAUAAACAAAAGUUAAUUGUAGCACUUGUUGGCCAAAUAAAAUCUCUAAUUACUUUA